AUGAAGACGACAGAGUAUGACGGGCCCAACGGAACGAUUCUUGAUUUUCCCGAUCACAUAAUGGAUGGGGAAUCCGAGUCCUCUCCGUCCCCGUCACCUCCUCCACCAUGGUCUCCAGCUCCGCCUGCUCAGCCGCCGACGCCACCAACGCCAUCUCCUCCGCCAACUCCACCAACGCCAUCUCCUCCGCCAACUCCUCCACCGCCACCGCGAGUGGUCAAUCGCCCAAGAGGAUUCAAAGGACUCGGAAAAGGAGGAGCCAAGCGCCAUCGCAAAAUUCUUCAUGACAACAUCCAAGGAAUCACCAAGCCAGCCAUCCGCCGUCUCGCUAGAAGAGGAGGAGUCAAGAGAAUCUCUGGACUCAUCUACGAAGAGACACGUGGAGUUCUCAAGGUUUUCCUUGAGAACGUCAUCCGUGAUGCCGUCACCUAUUGCGAGCACGCCAAGAGAAAGACCGUUACCGCCAUGGACGUCGUCUACGCUUUGAAGCGACAAGGAAGAACCCUCUACGGAUUCGGAGGAUAA